GCCCCAAACGGCGCCUCGAUGAGACCCAACUCGCCAUAUCAGUACAUUCUUGUCUCUCGCCUGGCCAGGCGCUCCAACGUCGUCGUGUAUGUGGUCCCGGCUGGAACUUGCCUGCCUGACGACUUGCUCCUUGUGCAUGAGCACAUGGAUCACUACUCUCUCCAG